AUGUUUGCGGCAUAUGUUUCCAAAAACCCGACUUUUAUUGGGUCUGAAUUGGAAUAUUAUAAAAUGGUAGCAGAAGCCGCCGAGUCGAUUGUUAAUGAAAAUGAGGAAUUAAAGCAAGACUCUUUAAAAGACAUGAAUAUUGAACCUGUAAUUAAGAAUUCAAUAAUUCUUAUAAAUAAAAUGGUCAGCGAUAAGAUGAACCAAAUUGAAAAUCAAGUUUGUGCUAAAUUUGAAAAUAUAAAACUUGGUCAAUCAUCUACUGCUAAUAAGCCAAAAGUUCAAGAACAUCGUGUUGAAUGGUGGUGUCCGGUUAAUUCAACAUUUGAAGAAAUAAUUAAAACAAUUAAGCCUGAAACCGAAGACGAUAUCAAAAUAAUUCGACGUGCAAAAGCUAGAAAUUGGAAAAAGGGUGGUCAGAUUCGAUGCUGUACAAAUGACAGAUUGAAAACUAAUACGACAUUAUACGUUUUACCAUCAUGUUGGCCAAAAGAAAAUGUUGAACUCAUAACAGAAUGCUUAUAAAAGACAGUUAAGCGUAGAUUCAACAUUUUCAAUAAUGAAGCCAACAACCAAAAAAUUUACAAAUAGUGACCUUUUUGACGUUU